GCGAAGUCCGCCACCAUGUUGGUUCCUGCGCGUUGCACGUCGCCAAAGUCCUUCGGCGGACUUGAAACUUUUUUAUUUACCGCGUUUGUACGCGUAGGUACACACAGAGAGACGCGGGACAAAAGAGAAAGUGGUGGGGGUAAACCCUUCCAUCCCCUCCAAUUUGUUUCUUUCUCUCUCUCACCCUGUGGAAAGUCGAGAUAGGGUAUAUAAGUAUCUCUCUGUCAUCCCUACCACCACUACCACCCACCGGCUUGCUACACGGACUCGUGCCGCCUGCCGCUUUCUAGCAAAGUUUUCGCGAGAUCCUGGAAACUGCGGGAGAUGCUACGGGCGUAGAGGGAGUACGCUCGAAGGAGGGUAGAAGGAAGGAACGUUUUGCUGCUAGUCCUCCGUGUACUCAUACUCACGGGGGGUUCUCUUUUCAGCGGAUUCUAACCUACUAACGAGUUUACUCCGUCGGUAACACCGGCACGCGUGCCGCCUAUGUAAACGUGUGUCGUUGUCGUUGCUUCGUUGUCGUCGUGUGUAGUCACCCACAGUCACACGCACAACAUUGGGAUGAGGAGUGUGUUAGCAGCAACACGCCGCGCGAAAAAUCAUACUCGUGAUAUGACUAACGAUCGUAUCGAUCUUAAUACGAACGAUAAGAAACGCGAGCUUAUGUGAUAAACGAUUUUAAAACGCGUACCUCGUCGGCUCACUUUUUAAGAGCUUGUUUAACAACAUUAUCGAGGAUGGCGUCGAAGAAGAUUAGAAAGAACCAUUCGAUACAACAUCUUCUCGAAUUGCCAUCUAGUAGAGAAACUAAACAACCGUCGCAAUUUUCAUCUAAACAACCGACUAGUUCAUUGGCGAUUUCUACUCCUCGUCAGGUGCCAAUCACCGUUUUGCAUCCAACACCGAAAAAGUUGUAUUUGAGCAAAUCACGUCAAAGCGGACUAUUGGACGAUCCACAACAACAGCAAUCGGCAGUCUCGCAAAUAGCCAGUCUCAAUCCACGCCAGCAAGAGUCGUCCCUUGCAAGGCGGGACUAUCCCCGCCAAAUCAUGAACAAGGUGGAUGAUCGUGUAAGAUCGCCUAAUACGUUAAGAUGCGUGACAGCAACAACGUCGUUAUCUAUUUCCCCAUCGAGUCCUGAAGAACCUGUUACGCUGGUGGAACUGACCAGCGUCCCAGGCGGGCAGAAUGCAAUGGCACAUCUCAAAAAACGGAAGCUGGAAGCAGAGUCGAUCAGUUCGAAUCUUAAACAACCUCAACAACAGCAACAACAGCAACAACAACAACAACAAUUGCAGCAACAGCCAUUACUGACAAACAAAAAGGGUCCUCAAACCAGCGUUCCGAAAGAAAUGGAGGUGACUGACGCAGCUGCUAAAAGAAGAAGAAAAAGUGUUCGUGACGAUGAAAUACGAAAAUCGGUUGACGUUGAUCCAAAUAAAAAUAUAUCUUUACCGCAGAAGAAACGGGCGUUCACAUCGGGAAAUUCAGGAAGUCCGGCUAGAAAAUCAAGUAAACAUUGCGAGGAACCGGAAGACGAUGAAACUCUUAUAAGAGAAACUGAAGCAGCAUUGAAAAGUUUAUCUGGAAGUUGGCCCGGACCUAGAGGUUCGUUAUACCAAAGAGGAAAUUCAGAAGAAGACAGAUAUGAGUCUAAUUUCGAAAAUCUUUUCGAAGAAAAGAAAGAAAAUCCUAAAUUAUCACCUUCGUCGUUAUCUACCUCGUCAACCACCAGCACGGAUGCUGGUUGUUCGUUAAAAGACGUGAUAACGCUUCGUGGUCAACAUGAUCGGUGCGGUAGAUCCCAGAUGCAGAUGAAACAAGAUGUUAUGAAGCAACAACAUUUGACGAAGGGCAAAAAAGAAUUCGAUAAUUUGAUCAAAAUUGAAAAUGAAUGUGCGAACAUACAAUGUCAGGUAAACACAUGUCAAAAUGAAUCCGGUAAGAUUCGACCAGUAUCGGUUAGAUCUUUAGCCGGCAAAGAGAGAAAUGAAAGAAAUCUCGUUGGUGCUCACGUUGAUUCCCAAGGCCGUCAAGUGGACAAUAAAUAUUCCAGAUACGAACCACCAGAUUUUAACGAAUUAGUUGACGAUUCAUCGAAUGAAUUAGAAAUCGACAUGUCAGAUCCUACUCCCGAUAAAGAUGAUACCACAGGAGAAAGACCAAACGAUCGCGACAGAGAUAGAAUGUGCAAAAAUGCAGAAUCCCCUUCCAUCAUCGGAAGACAACAACAACAACAACAACAACAACAGCAACAACAGCAUCAUCACCAACAACAUUAUGCGGGAUAUCAAAGGCAAUACCAUGAAAAUAAUAUGAAGAUCUCACCUACGGCAACAUCAUCUAAUUCUUCGGUGUCAACGAAUUCUCCAUUCUCAGCCACUUCUGCAUUCAGGCCUCCUACCAGUGAUCAUUCGAAAAACAUUUGUCGCAGUACAGCAACGGUACCGGUUGGUGCAACCCCCAUACCACCUAUUGGUCCAUAUCCAGCUUCGGCUACCUUCGUUGGUUAUCCAGCACCAGGUCUUGGCCCAACGAUGCCAACCCCACAGCCUGUCCCUGGUUUAUCACCGACGUCAGAGGAUAAACAUUCACCGACCGUUUCGUUGUUGCAAUUAAAAUCAUCGAAAGAAGAAUCGCAUCACGUGUCGGUACACGAUCCUUCAUCCAACACGGUAUCUAGCAGUAAAAGUCCAACAGGACUUCCCUCAGUGACAAGUCCAGAUUCCUCAAAACAGUAUACGAUUCUUCAACCCGCUGGAGUUGGUUCUAGAGCUGCCAGUGCUAUUCAAGAUAUUAACAGAGAAGGAGUGGUCAGUGUUGCUGCAGUUAGCAAUUGUACCACUGGAAGCAACAAUACGAACAACAGUAGUAAUAAUAAUAAUAACAAUGGAACGAAUUGUAAUCGUAACAUUGCCAACAAGAAUACGAAUAACAACAAUGUGAAUAAUAAUAAUAAUAAUAAUAAUAAUAACAAUAGUGGAACUAAUGGAAGUUCGAACAGUAACAACGUAACCAGCAUUUCGAUCACCGCUGUGUCUACCAGUACCACAUCCAGUUCCACAAAUACCAAUGAUGGUUCAUCUGCAAGUGGAACGGGACAACAGGAAAAUAUGAUGAAAAUGCCAGAAAGACCUAACACGUUCGAUGCCAACAGACCAGGAAUGUCCAUGUCUCCGUCCAGUCUCAGUAGAGAAGGCAACAAGUGUCCAACCCCAGGUUGCACGGGGCAGGGUCACGUGACCGGACUCUAUUCCCAUCACCGCAGUCUAUCUGGUUGUCCACGGAAGGAUAAACUAACGCCUGAAAUUCUGGCGAUGCAUGAGACUAUUUUGAAAUGCCCAACGCCUGGCUGCAACGGUCGUGGUCAUGUCAGCUCUAAUAGGAACACCCAUAGAAGCCUCUCCGGGUGUCCAAUAGCUGCGGCAAAUAAGCAGGCCGCACGCGAAGCACGACACAGGGCACAAGUGUCAGGAAUACCUCCAGAAUAUAUCAGCACAAAUCUACUGCCACCAUCAAUGGACAGCAAGUCCUAUUCGCAGUAUUCGUCUGGUAGUCAGGACACAAAGCCAGUGAUAAGUUCCUUGACUUACGACUAUUAUGCCUCUACGAAAAGCACAGGGAUAAAUGUGAAGCCUCCUAAAACAUCAGAGGAAAGUCCACCUUCUCGUUCAAGCAAGGUAGUCCCUAAGACCGAGAACAUGACAGCUAGUGGUAGUUGCUGCAAUCCUUUACCAAGUAGAGGCCAAAAUACAUCAGACUUGUUGGUACCUAAGACGGAAGAUACCGUAUCGUGCCGUGUCAAUUCACCGCCACCACCUCCACCACCGACAGUUCGGCCUACAUACGAUUCUUAUAUGAAUCAGGAUUCCAAUUCGUCAUCGUUGUCAUCGAUGGAUGCAAUGGGUUCAAGGGGUACCAUAGGUGGUAGCAUACAUCAUUCCAAUCAACAUCCAACGCAUCACGUUUUGCCAAUGCAACCGACAGUUGCUUAUCCCAUGCCAAUGGUUGAAGAUACGAGGAUGAGUCAUCAAAUGUCUCAAAGAUCACCGUACGAAUCUUCGACAAUGAUGGCUGCUGCUGCAGCCGCUGCAGCAGCUGCUACUACCAGCGAAGAACUUUAUCAUCACAGAUCUGCCGAACAUGCGAGAGCUUACAUGCAUCCAGGAACAACUAAUAUUGCACGACCCGUAGUUACUUAUUCGAAUGAGAUAGCCGCUGCUAGAGGUUACGAAAAUCCAAUAGCCAAUGCUGCUAAUCAUCGACCAUACGAUCCAGGUACCACGUCAGCGUAUGAAAGAUACGAUGCACAAACUUGUGCACCAAUCCAACCUCAGCAACAGCAGCAGCAACAACAACAGCAACAGCAGCAACAACAACAACAACAGCAACAACAACAGCAGCUGCAUUCAAGAUCAAAUAUGUAUUAUUUGGGACAGACCGGCAUGACGCCCGAGGAACAGGAACGCGUUUAUCAUCAAGAAGCUGCAGCAGCCGCUCAACAACAUCAAAUGGUUAUGGCUGCUGCCACGGCAGCGAGCAUGAUGAAAACGGAAGAUGUGAAAUGCGUGACAGUAGCACAAGUUCAACAAAUGCAAAAACCUGGUGGACCGCCAACUUCUCCAGGGGGUUCGGUGAUGGAUCUGUCAACGUCGAGUGUUACUUCUACUAGUCCACAGGCUCCUCCUUAUGGUUCGAGCAGUCUCAGUCCGCAAUAUGGAGGAGGUCAAACUGUCGGUGGUAGUCCACAAGCUGCUGCAAGUCCUCACUUGACUGCAAGUCCUCAAGUCCCUAGUCCUCAGGGUCAAACAUUGGACCUUAGCGUGAAUAGACUUCACAGUGGUGCACCAAGUCCUCAAUAUUCCACGGGUCAUGGAGAAGCCGUUGCGGUUCCCGUAGGUCCAGGUUUUCCGGCACCACGACCAAUCGAAGAACAAACUGAGCCCGUGGACUUUUCCACGGCAAACGAGCCAGUCAAUUUCAGCGGGGGUCCAGGAAUCAGGCCUGUCCCAGGAUUCCCGCCACCCGGUGUGCACGUAGCUGCAUAUAGUCGUGAAAGCACCCCUGACAGUGGUGGUUCCCACUACAUGGACGCCUACCGAGAUCCUACCGGAUAUGGACCAAUGAGCCCGCAUCCAGGUUACGGUAUGGCUGGUGUACAACCAGAGUAUCCUGGAAACACUUAUACUCCUUACCCCACCGCAAGUUAUAAUUGUGGUGGAACCUACCCUGCAGGUCCAGUUACUUCUGGAUACCAAAUUCCAGCAGGUUAUACCCCAGCACCGUGUUACAGUAUGCCACCACCACAACAUACUGUUGGACCUCUCGAUAAACCAUCCGGUAAAGAUGACAGCCUCUCUGGUUGUCCACGAGCCGAUCGUUCACAAAUUCAAGCGCACUCACAAGAACUGAAGUGUCCAACACCAGGAUGCGAUGGUUCAGGACACGUCACUGGAAAUUAUUCGUCUCACAGAAGUUUGUCCGGUUGUCCGCGAGCUAAUAAACCAAAAAGCAAACCAAGGGAUGGACAGGAUUCAGAACCAUUAAGAUGUCCCAUACCAGGUUGUGAUGGAUCUGGCCAUGCUACUGGCAAAUUCUUGUCUCAUCGCAGUGCAUCCGGAUGCCCGAUCGCAAAUAGGAACAAAACGCGAGUCAUGGAAUCUGGUGGAACAAUUGAACAACACAAAGCAGCAAUCGCAGCGACGACAGCGAUGAAAUUUGAAGGUGUCAAUUGUCCUACACCAGGCUGCGAUGGUAUCGGUCAUAUAAAUGGCUCAUUUUCAACGCAUAGAUCACUAUCGGGUUGUCCUAUAGCCGGACAUGCUGUCAAGAAACCAAAGUUCGAGGAUAUGUCAAGCAUGUACAGCAAAGGAAUCCCCGGGGUGGACGCCGGUGGUCCGGCUCACGGAGGUGCGGUGGGCACGGGUCAGGGUAAUACAAGCGGUGGUGGGUCCACAAGUGCCCAGGGCGAAGACCUCUAUACACUGGAGGCUGAAAUCACAGAACUCCAAAGGGAGAAUGCUCGGGUUGAAUCGCAAGUACUGCGCCUGCGUAGUGACAUCACCGCCAUGGAGAAUCAACUGAAACAGGGCGAGAAGGAAACAACGACGAUAGCUACGCGAAACAAUAAUUUAACCGAGUACUAUCAGUCGUUACGUGAUAACAUGAUAACGUUGCUGGAACACGUACGAAUACCUAACGCCCCAGGUGGACCGCCAGAGAAAAUGGGCCAUGAGAAUUUUGAUAGUUAUCUAACAAAACUGCAAACUCUGUGCACCGCCGACGGCUAUUGUGCCGACGAAACCAAUCGACCGAUCUACGAAACGGUGAAAACCGCCCUACAAGAUUUCACGGUCCUGCCGACACCCAUCUGAGACCAUCCCUAAAGUUCAACGAUCGAGUACAGUGUCGUUCGUCGAACAUCUUUGAUAAAGUGAUUAACGAUAAUGUCAGGAUUCGAUUUUACCUACUUACUGUUAUUGGGUAAACUUUUCGUGUCCAUUGUGAAAAAGGAACUUUGCAUUAUCGACCAGCCCGAUUAGCAAAUAUAAUUUAAACAAUUUAAAAAUAAAAAAAAGAUACUUUCUCUUAAUAAUAAUUCGAUUCAGGUAAAAAAGGAAAAAUUCGUUGACAAAAAUUGUUGGAUAUUAUUCGAGAAACAUAUAAUUGAACAACACAAAAAUUGUUUCACCGAAACAUCUCGAUUGUAUCCACAGAAAAAAAUGUUCUAUCAGAACAUGUGAGUCGAUUAUAAACAAAUUAUACGAUGUCUAAUUUCGCCAUUAUGCGAAAUAUCUUUUGUACAUAC